AUGAAACCCAAGCGUUUUCGCAAGCAAGUGCCACGCACAUACCUCUGGUGUGACGACAGCGUUGAGAAGAUGUUCAUGUUACGGUAUACGUCGGCCUUGGCGCCUCGUUUUGAAUCCAAGAACAACUACGGAAAGGGAGUGGCAUAUGUCAUGCUAGCAACGGAGCUCAGUGUGUCCAUGGAGCGGGAAUUUACUGCAAAGCAGGUGCAAGAUAAGGCUGUCGACUCGUCGUUCGUUGCUGAUGACGACGAUGCAAAAGAAAUAAAAAUAGAAAUGGCGGAGGAGCCUUCAAAGAAGAAACAAAAGAAGAGCAGUCGUGACGCGAAAGCCAAGUCACAAUCCGAGUCGCUCGAAGCUGGUUUCAAUGCAAUUAAGGAAGGGUUGAUGUUCUUAGGCACGUCGAUGUCUCAACAACCCCAAGUUCAGCCAGCACCGGGUGCUACUUUGGACGAUGUGUUAAUUGCGAUCAAGUCGCAAUCGGACACGAUGACCCAACUGCUGUCUCACUUAGUUGCCCAAAAGGGAAAUAAGGAUGCGUAA